AUGCGGAACGGGAAGAAGAGAGCUAGGUCGGAGCCUGGAUCCACUAUCCAUCCCCGGAACAAAUACUCCGAUAACCCGCCCGAUUUCGCCUUGUUGGCGUCUCUUUACCCUUCUUUCAAGCCCUAUCUUUUCUUCUCCGGUGCUCGACCCCGAAUCGACUGGACCGAUUACAACGCGACCCGUGAGCUCACUCGUAUCCUCCUUGUACAUGAUCAUGGCGUCAACUGGUGGAUUCCGGACGGACAGCUCUGCCCAACUGUUCCUAAUAGAUCGAAUUACAUCAAUUGGAUCAAUGAUCUUUUGUCCUCUGAGAUCGUUCAAAGUUUGGGUGGUGAAGGAAGAAGCAAAGUAAAGGGCUUUGACAUUGGUACAGGGGCCAAUUGCAUAUAUCCUCUCCUUGGUGCAACUCUUUUUGGCUGGAGUUUUGUUGGCUCAGAUUUUACUGAUGUAGCUCUAGAAUGGGCAGAGACGAAUGUCAAAAGUAAUCCCCAUAUUUCAGACCUAAUCGAGAUCAGAGACUCUAAAAUUCUUCCACAGUGUUCCUCUGAGUCCCAUGUCCCCGAGGUUGAAUGUAGAGAGAGUGAGAAGAACUGUAGUCGAACCAUGCCCGAGGAAGCCGGAUUCACUCCCACGGCUCACUCUGAUCAUCAUGAAGAUGACAACAAGAGCUAUACAGGGCCAGCUGUACUACUCGGUGUUGUCAAGGAAAACGAAACUUUCGACUUCUGUAUGUCCAAUCCUCCAUUUUUUGAAACCUGGGGGGAAGCAGGCCUUAACCCUAAAACGUCAUGCGGUGGAACUCCUGAGGAGAUGGUUUGCAAUGGUGGGGAGCAAGCUUUUGUGACCCGUAUUAUUGAAGAUAGCGCUGUACUGAGGCAAAGAUUCCGGUGGUACACUUCAAUGCUUGGAAAGAAGGCUAACCUGAAAUACUUGACAUCUAAGCUUUGGGAAGUAGGGGUUACAAUUGUAAAGACCACUGAAUUUGUACAAGGCCAAACAUCCCGUUGGGGCCUCGCUUGGUCCUUCAUGCCCACAGUCAGGAAGAUUAUAGCACUACCUGUUGCCAAAAAGAGUGUCCUUUCUUUUAUGCUUGAGGGCAUUAAACGGCAGUAUAUUGCCGUAGAUGUGCUGCAAUCAGUUGAGGAAUUCUUCAAGAGCUGUGGUGCCUCAAGUAAAUUAAACUCUUCUACGUUUUCUGUUGACAUUGUUGCAUCCAGUGAUCAGUGCAACACAAUCUCGAAGAAUGGCACUAGAGAUGUGGAUUGUGUAUAUGAAAAACAGACACUGGAUGGCUCCAGUUUGCAAGUUCCUCAAGACAACUUAUCUUUCCGCAUCUUGGUGUUCCAGCAGAUUCCAGGAUCCUUGCUUAUAAAAGGAUCAUUGCAGCACAAAGAUAGCCCCCUCUCAGGUUAA